AUGAACUCCCCUAUGCGGAUCUCCUCCCCAGUCUGGCCAAAUCCCAUGUUUGGAGGAGAUGCCCUGGCUCUGUGGUGCCAGGGAAGGAAGCACACAGCACUGUCCCAGGUGAAGUUCCACAAAGAUGGAGAACUCUUUAGUUUCUCUAAGGACAACCAGCGUCCAUCCAUGGAGACCACAAUGGUGAAAAGUAGUGGCCAGUACAGUUGCACUAGGCAGCUGACGCUCAUCCCACACGUGUGCAAACAAACCUCAGAGAGAAUGGCUCAAGUCGAAGAGCCAUUCCCACCUCCUGUGCUGAGCACUGUCCUCUCUCCUGAGCCCCAUAAGGGGAGCCUGGUGACCCUGAGAUGUCAGAUAAAGCUGCCUGAGAGGUUGGCCUUGAGGCUCCUGUUCUUCCGCAAGGAAGGACACACCCUGCAGGAUGGGGGGCUCCAUCCAACCAGCAUCCUGGGAGUCAAGGAGAGAGAUUCUGGCCUUUACUGGUGCAAGGUAGCCCCUGAGGGUGGCUGGUUCCAGACAGAGCCCCCUGAUCGUCCCUCUGCAUGUGCCAUUUCAACUCCUGUGUCCUGUCCUCUGCUCACCUGGCAACACUUGCCCACUGGCUGUGCUGUGGCGGACGUGGUGGAGCUUCUCUGUGAGGCCCAGGGGGGCUCCCCUCUGAUCCUGUACUUUUUCUACCUUGAUGAGGAGAUCCUGGGGAACGGCUCACUCCAUGGCAGAGCCUCCUCCUUCCUCUUCCCAGUGAAGUCAGAGCAGGACUGAGCAACAGAGAACAGUGUCUCCAGAUAGAAGAGUAAGCCCCAGAAGCUCUCCCUGCAUGUGCCCUUAUCCCCACCCAAGUCUGAGCCCUGGGGGCUGGGACAACAGGUCGUCGUCUUGGUACCUACACCAGCCUGGCAGAGUGUGGGGAGCUUGGAAGAGGCAGACAUGUUCAGGGAGAGGAAUCUCAAGUCUCAUGCAAAUAUGAUUUGA